GACGACGUUGGCGUAUUACGAUUUUAGAGAGAGAAAGAGAAGAGAGAAAGAGGGGGCAGAGGGUGGGUCAAAGCUGCAGUUCUAUUUGUAAUGAUUCCGGAAGGAUCAGAAGUUCGUGAUGAGAAUUUUUCUUUGCAGGGUAGAACAGAAGCAGAUUGGCAGAGCCAAAGGAAUUUGCAGACCCUUCAGCUUCGUGCCUUCCUUUUCUCGUGAUCUCUCUCUUCAUCUCUUUCUCCUCUGCAUUAAAAUAAUUUGCUAGGCCAGGCCUUCGCAUAUUGCUGCUUUAAACCUGGACAAUUCCAACGAGAUAAAAGCAGCAGUACCCUAGCAGGGAAAAGACUUGGAGAAAAACCACAGCAAAGAGGCUAAUGUUUAUAAUUUAAGGAGAGAGAGAGAGAGAGGGAGCCGAAGCUGAUCGAUCGAGAGGAGUGAGGACUGGAUUUUUUUUGAGGUUUUUGGGAAGGACCCAUUUGGAUAUACUGGUUUCCGAGUGAAACCCAGAAGCUUUCGAAAAAUGGGCAGCUGUGGAAGGAAUGGAGCAGUAAGGCAAUAUAUUAGAUCAAAGGUGCCUCGCUUGAGAUGGACUCCUGAACUUCAUCACUGCUUUGUUCAUGCCAUUGAAAGGCUCGGAGGUCAAGACAAGGCUACACCUAAGCUUGUUCUCCAGCUGAUGGAUGUAAGAGGGCUCACCAUUUCCCAUGUGAAGAGCCAUCUCCAGAUGUACAGAAGCAUGAAGAGUGACCCCAACAGGCAAGAAAAGAGUUCCACCCAGCAAAGAAAACAAACUUUUGAGGAUCAUGAUGGAUGUGUCGAAAAUGAUGGGGGUUUUCACCCAUCCAUGAACCCCAUUGAAGAAUCAGAUUCCCAGUUAAUCUACAGUACUCCUCUCCCUCCGAAAAGAGCUCGAAUGGAGACGAGGAGUUCAAUCUCUGAGCAGAAGUUGCAAUGCAGCCAAGGAAUAUAUGAGACAGUCACAACUCCGUACGCCUUUGAUGAUUAUCUGCAGACAAUGGCUGAGAAAGGGCGAAUAAAAGAGAGUGGUGGCAUCAGAUGGCAGGCUCACCAGCCUCCCUACCCAGCAUUCUCUCUUUACACCCUCAAUUCAUUAGGAAAUGCAGCGGAAGAAUCUGAUUUCCUCAAGGGAGAUCACAAGCGCAUCUCAGCACAUAUGCACAAAAAUGAGAACGCAAAAAGGGAACCCGCACAGGAUGAAGAAGAAGAAGAAGAAGAAGAAGCUGAUGCUUGUGGUUUGUCCUUGUCCCUCUCUUUGCAUUGUCCUUCUACGCAGAGAAGUAACGCUUCUUCAACAAGUGAGAUCAGCGAGACAAUUUCAUCCUGCUUUGGCUCUUCUACCUUUAAAGACUCUUCUGGUUCAUCACAGCAACUUUGUGUUAACUUGGACCUCUCUAUUGCUCUCACUGGCCCCUAAUGCUUUCAUCGGUGGCACCUGAUGUCUUAUGUGAAAAUUUUCUCCUUACUAAGGUUAUCUUGAUCUAUGUCUUUUUCAAUUUCUUCCACCACGCUUUCAUGGUUACCAUUGUUGUGGCCAUUUCAGCUAUGUAAUUUUUGGUUUUUAGUUUUUAGUUUUUUUUUUCCCUUUUGUUUUGUUCUGUUUUUUCAUUUUUUGUUUUUUAUUUUUUUGUUUGUAUUCUACCAUAUUAAGAUUAUAAUUUACAACCCCUUUGAAUGCAAUGAAUACCCAUUUAUGGAA